ACGCACCCCCGUUGUGUCUGCUGAACGCGGCCAAUGAUACACUGGGGCAUUCGGGUAUAACGUUUCUGAACGUAGCCCUGGUUAUACUGUGAAUGUGACAUUGGCAGUACUGAAUACAGUUUACGUUACGUAUGCUAUAGAUUUUUAGUUCUAUCGGUAGAUACAUAUGUUCUAGAACGUUUACUUGGCAUACAGCUUUCAUGUUGAAGUGUGAUUGCGCCUGAGUUUCGCAGAUUCAGCUCGGAAGACUCUCAUUUUCGAGGAUAUCGAUAUCGCUGCGUCUUUCCGCGACUCGGGUUGUAUGCAAACGCGACGGGGUUGCGCGUUCGGCCUCGCGAAGUGCGAACGUAUACGUACAUACAUACAUACGUGGGUACGAACGUUUGGACUUUCGAUAAAGCGUGUGACGACACGGAGCCGCGCAUGCUGCUAUGAGCUGCCAGCCGCAGUAAUGAGAACUGAUCGUCGCCGUAGUCACCACCACUACCAAGCGCCUGCUGUUCUCGUUCAACCUACGCCUGUACACAUUCGCGUUCCUGGCACUCCUCCGUCGCGGUGCUGCCCGUGAAGGCGAUGCGCCGCGUCGCGGGGCAGCGUCGUUAGUGCGUGGCGUCCCGCAGCAUUCGGUUCGUGAAUUUCGUGCGAGACUAAAGGAGAAAAAAGAGGAGUAUAUAUAUAUAUAUAUAUAUAUACACUCACACAUCCUUGGAACACAAUUACGUGCGUGUCCGUUGUGUGAGAUAUCUCAAAAUUCAAAAGAGCCAGAACAUUUUAACUUGAGAUACCAGGUAGUCACUUAGCUCGUGUUAAUUGUAGAACGAAAACAUGGAGAGUUCCGAAGAACCAACCAGUUUGCAGUCCAUAUGCCAUUUACAUGCCUCGGAGUUGUUCCCUAAGCACACACAUUUUGAAUGCGAGGACGAAACACUGACAAUCCCGUUUACACCACUGAGUGGAGAGUCGGUCGUGGCACUGGGGCGGACAACGGAUGGUGUUCUGGCACUUUCCAAUUAUAGGCUUUAUUUACAACUAAGUCAGACAUGUUACAACAUACCUCUGGGUCUUAUCGAACAAUUGGAGGUCAAGGAAAUAUUUUAUUUGCACAUUGGAUGCAAGGAUGCACGUUCUUUGAGUUGUGCGUUUACCACAAACGAGCACUGUUUGGAGUGGUUCAAACGAUUGCACAAAGUGACCUAUCCGCGAAAAAGUAUAGAGGAUAUCUUUGCGUUUGCAUACUAUGCAUGGUCUAUAGAAGAUGGCAAAGAUUAUCCUAGGCUCGGAAAAGAUAGCAGUUCUUAUAUCGCUACUUUUAAUUCAGAGGUGGAGCGAUUGAAAUUUAAUUUGCAUGGUACAUGGCGCAUAAGCCAAAUAAAUAAGGACUAUAGGAUGUGUCCAUCCUAUCCGCCGCAGCUUCUAGUUCCCGCUUGCAUUUCCGACGAAACCCUCGAAUUUGUUGCCAAAUUUCGAAGUUCCAGAAGAAUUCCGGCUAUCGUCUGGAGACACGUGAAUAAUGGCGCCGUGAUAGCUCGCAGUAGUCAACCAGAAGUCGGUUGGCUUGGCUGGAGAAGUUCCGAGGACGAAGACCUUUUAAAAGCUCUUGCGGAUGCGUGUAGCUACGAUAAAGGUGAAUCUACUAUCGUAGAUUCGCCUAUUACAUAUUCCGACGCUGGUGAUGAGAUGCCAAGUGCUGCCAAAAAAGUUUUAAUUGUUGAUGCCAGAUCGUACACAACCGCUGUGGCAAAUCGGGCACGCGGCGGUGGCUGCGAGUGUCCCGAGUAUUAUCCGAGCUGUGACAUACAAUUUAUGAAUUUGCCAAAUAUUCAUUCAAUACGGAAGAGUUUUCAUGCGGUGCGACAGCUUUGCGCAUCAGAUGCGGAUCAACCAAAUUGGUUAAGUUUGCUGGAAGGAACACGAUGGUUGCAGCAUAUGUCGGGUUUGUUGCGGGCAGCGGUCACUGUCGCAUCCGCGAUUGAGAGAGACGGUCGUCCAGUAUUAGUGCAUUGUAGCGAUGGGUGGGACAGAACUCCCCAAAUUGUCGCGUUAGCCCAGAUACUACUCGAUCCAUAUUAUCGUACUAUGGAGGGCUUUCAAGUUUUAGUUGAGAGAGAAUGGUUAGACUUCGGACACAAGUUCGCGGAUCGAUGUGGUCAAAUGAUUGGCGGUGACGAUCCCAAUGAACGUUGUCCGGUAUUUCUUCAGUGGCUCGAUUGUGUCCAUCAGUUAAUCCUGCAAUUUCAAUGUAGUUUCCAAAUGUCGCCAGCAUAUCUAGUAAAAUUAGCCCAACAUACGUAUUCGCAAUUAUUCGGCACAUUUUUGUGCAACACCAGGCAGGAGAGGUUACAGCUGAGAAUACGCGAGCGUACGUUUUCAGUUUGGCGUUUCCUCAACUCGACUGCGUUUGUAAAUCAUCUGUACUCGCCGUUGAAGAAUCAAGUAUUAUGGCCGAGCUGUAACGUACGCGAUCUUGUUCUAUGGUCCGAGGUUUAUCUAGGUUCCAUGGAAUCGUCGCUAGGUAUGAGAGACGAUAAGCAAAGAAUGACGGUGAUAGACCUCGAGGGUGGUGAAAAUGAGGAGCCUCAGGGACAAAUGACAAAGACGAGGUCGUACGGUGACCUUAUGCACGCGCCCGAUCACGCGGCUUAUCUGCAUCGGAGGCGUAGCGAUCCGAGUAUUUCUAUGGAAAAGAAAUUUGACUCUUUGGCGAUUGAGACUGAGGCAGAUGAAAAGAAUACAAAGAACAUGGACAACAAGAACGAAACCGUUAGCGAGAACUUGUCAGAAACUGAAACCACAGUAAAACGAGAUAUCGUUAUUCAAACAUCCAGCGACUCGCCUGCUAAUCCUUCGGUAGAUAGUUCCACUGACACUUUGAUACCUAAUAAUGAUUCCGUCGUUCCGGUGACGAACGGAGAGAAAGAAAUACUACGUACGAGUUCGUCGCACGAUAUUGUUUCACCGUGGAUUGAAACUGGUACUACUGCACAGGUAGUUUGUUCUUCGUGCAAUCGCAAUCACAAUGAAGGUAGUGAUAUGAGUGACGCCAGCGCUCCGUUGAUAUCAAGAACCCCCAGUAGCAUAUGCCCGGCUUCUCCGAGCCAUCAGGAUGUUGUGCUAGACAAUCCUGACUGGCUGGACGACGUUGACGGUCUUCCUGUCAUAUGUUGCGACGUGCAAAUGCGAAUACAACAGAUUAUCGUAGAACAUAAGCUUAAGGAAGAAGCUUUGAGAAAGGAAUUGCACACAACGAGAUUGGCACUAAUCAAGCAAGUUUGCAAUCAUAAUGCAGAUACCGACCGUAUCGACGACAUAGGCUCCUUACCUGAUUCGGUGGGUAGCGCUGGGGAACACGGAGAAUCUUUACCGUCAGAUAUGUCCUGGGAAGCCGUGGAAGAAUUAGGUCCCGCGCCUACCUUAUGGGUGCCCGAUCAUGCCGUGACCCGAUGCAUGGGUUGUAAUACAGAAUUCUGGCUUGGUAGGCGUAAACAUCACUGCAGAUGCUGUGGCAAGAUUUUUUGUGCCGACUGCUCCGAGAACUCUACCCCCUUACCUAGCGAGCAGCUCUACAAUCCCGUAAGGGUGUGUAGCGACUGCUACGCGCGAUUGCACCACCAUCAUACGAGCUCCUGCCAAUGUAGUGUCCGGCAUCAGAAUGUUAAAAUGGAUAACGAGGCGGAUUCUUUCGAAACGACGGCUCUACAACAACCGGUAGCAUGUCAGAGGCUGAGAAAACUGCCGCCUACUACGACGAAGGACUCCUGUUCUGACCUAUUACAAGCAACACAUCAGAAAACGCAACCAUCUGUCGCGGCAGCUACAGUGAACUAAAGAGAAUUUGCGAGAGGAGUCGAGCAGGAAAAUAAUAAUACGAAGAAAUCGGCGUAUGGAUUAAUCGGAUUUCUUCGUAUUAUUAUUUUCCUGUGCUUGUCGUAUUUAUAAUUUAUAUUACAUACAUAUGGCACAUGGACUAACGCGUCUAGGUUGUUCUAAGCGAUCUAAUAUAUUUAUUGCUAGAAUAAUAAUUUGUACGAACAAGCGUAUAAUUGGUAAAGCUGGUGGAGAAAAGAUAGCAGAGAGAGAGAGAAAGUCAGUAUACGAGGUUGUAUACUUUAACAAGUAACUCGAGACUGAGAUCCCAGAGACUACGAUUCAAUUUCUCUUGUGAGGAAUGCGAGGGAAUUCGAGUUUAACUAGGUAUUUUUGUGUUUAAUUCGACGAGAGGAUAAUGAGUGGCAAAGUCUCGGAUAGGCUGUGAUCGACAUCUAAUUUUGUAGACGACUACACUUUGGAGCGAAGCGCUAAGUAAUUGUCAAUUGAUCACUAGGAGAGCGGUUGUUUGCUAAUUAGCAUCAGAUUGAACAAAGCGAGUGAAAUCGUAUUUCUUAUAUUGACAUCAAUGUAUGAGAAUUGGGAUAUUAAAUGUCAUUAUCUCAUCACA